AUGGAAAACGAUGGAACCAAAGAACGCUUAAUGGAAAACUUGCAGGAUGUUUCUAAGCCAUCGCAUUCGCGCAAAGCGAAAGACAACCACGUUUCUAGACCUCGGAACUCGUGGAUUAUAUUUAGAAAUGACAUCCAUAAUCAGUUGAAAAGCAUACCAUCCUGGUCGGGCGACAUAAAAUAUGAGUCACGAUAUGCCUCAGAGAGAUGGAAAGCUGUACCACCGGAAGUGAAGCAGACUUAUAUUGACCUUGCAAAUCAGGAAAAAGAAGCCCACCAGAGAGCCCACCCGAAUUAUCGCUAUAAGACGCGCAGAGGUGCAACGAGUAAAGGCUCUCCACCAGAGGUACAAGAGCAUCAAGACAUAUCUUCCAUAUCUUCUUCAGGUAGUCCAUACGAGAACUCGAUGUUGAACCAGGUUCCUAGCUCGGCUCACGACAAUCUCACAGCUGCUAUAGCCGAGAGAUAUAGUAAAGAACACAAUUCGUAUCAUGAUGAAUACAAACAAAACCAUAACUUCUACUCUACUACAACCAGUUUCAAUUUAACCACUCCUCCAUCGGUCGAUCCCUACAAUCGUAGUAAUUACUGCCAAGAUAACAGUGACAGACCAUUCAGAUCCUUCGAUGGUAUUUCUACCCCUAAUUUCGAAUACCAUGGUGAUGGUUUAUUGAUAGACACCAGAUAUUACGCAGAUCUGCCAGGUUCGUCUUCCAGACCAUAUUGA